AUGUACGAAGACGACAACGAAUGUUUACCAAUACCUCGACGUUCGUUAGUUAAUCGAAUAGUAAAUCAUUUUGAUUCCGAUAAUGAAAAUUCUCCCUUCGAACAACGACAAUCACGUUUAUUUCUUAAUACCUCUAAUAGUACAGAUAGUGGUGUUGAUGAAAAUAUUCAAACAUCUAUAGAAUUAAUUGCUUUAUAUGAAAAAACAGUUGAAUUAGCUGCAAAAAAUAAAAUCAAUGCAAAAAAUGCAUUUCAUUUUCCAUUUGUUGAACGAUUACCAGAAAUAUUAGACAUUAUUGCAUUUGAUGAUAAAACAGAUUCUUCUCAUGAUCAUCAUGAACCUAAUUUUGCUAAAGCUGGAUCAGUUAUUGAUACAAGUGCAAAAAUUUAUGGAUAUCGUGUUGAUGCUCUUCAUACAGAAACACAAAAACUUAAUGGAAGUAUUCAACAAAAUGAUGAAGAAGAAUUAAAUAUUACAAAUACUGAUCAGAUAGAAAUAACAAAAAAAUUAACACAACGUAUUAAACCAAAAGCAAGCUCUUAUCUUGUUACAGAUUUAUCAACAAUUUCAAUUCCAUAUGAAUUUGAAUUUCAUCCAUUUCAACCAUCAAAUAUGUGUCAAUGGCCAGGUGGUGUCGGAAUUGAUUCAUUAUAUGCAGAUAUGAUUUCAUAUACAAUGUAUUCAUCAAGUGAUUUUCCUCUUAUAAAUGGUUUCAUUAAUUUAAAUAGUCAAAUUAAUAAAGAAUAUGAUGAUAAAGAAAAAAUACUUGAUAUAACUUCGAAAACAAUGUAUGAUUUAACUUCAUUACGAGAAGUUAUUAAAGAUAAUGAAGGAAAAGAUCAUAUUCUUGGAUGUCAAGCAUUACGAGAAUUUUCAUUUAAUGAAGAUCCAACAGAAUCUUAUAUUGAAACAAUUGAUGAAUGUUCAAUUAUUGAUAGUGUAUUAAUGAAUUCAUUAGAUAAUCAUGAAAUAUUAGAUGAAAUAUGUGGUAAUGAUUUAAGUGAAGUACGCGAUGAUCCUUCGACUUUCUAUUUUCAAGAAUUUCAAUCAGCUCAUACUUUUCCAACAACAAUGAUAUCUAUGGAUAUGACAUUAGCGAAUAGUAAAGUGUCAUUUGUUGAUCAAAUACCUCAACUACUUCGUGACAAAACUGAUUUAUCAGAAUAUAGUUAUUUUGAUUCUCUUAAAUUGAAAUUAUUUGCUGGACCGUAUUUAUGGAAAUAUACAAAUUUAUUACCUGAUAUAAUUAAAUCUAUUUCAACAGCUGAACAACCAACAUCAAUAAGUCGUACUCGUAUUUAUUCAACACGUCAUUUUAAAUUGAAUUUAUUAAAUGAAAAACGAAAUCAAUCAUUAAAUCAUUUAAUGAAUUUUAAUUCAUGGAAUAGAAAAUCAUUAAAAAAACGAAAAAGAAAAAUUUUAUCAACAACACUUCGUCAAACUCGUAAAUAUUAUUUACAUGAAAAAAAUCAUUAUCAAUUAAAACUUUCAAGAAAAUUACGUCCAUUAACAGAUUUAUCUUGUUUAAAUUAUUUUCCUGAUUAUAAUCUACAAAAUUUAUUCAAUACGAAUGAAAAUUAUUCAAUAAAUAAUGAAAAUAAUUAUAAUUUUGAUCCAAUGGAUUAUGAUAAUCCAUUAUCUGAACAACCUCAAUAUGAUUUUAGUCGUCCAAUACAAUAUGAUAAAAUUGAAUAUGAUAAAAAUUUUGCUAAAAUCGAUGCAAAAAAACUUCAAAUUCAAUUAUAUGAUGAAUAUAAUCGUCAAUAUACAAAUACAUCAAAUUCCGUAUCAUUAUCAACAUUAUGUGUUAAACUUAUUGAUCAAGGUAUAAUUUCAUAUGAAAAAGAUCAAAUUGUAUCUGCAUUUUAUUGUAUGCUAAAUAAUUGUAAUAAAAAUCAUUUAUAUAUGAAAUCUAAUUCACAAAAUGAUGAUCUUAUUAUACAAAAACAACCGUUUGUUGAUUCCACACAACUUAUUUAUUCACAUUCAAUAGUUUAA